GGGCCCGAGCGGCGGCGAGCGCCCCACCGCACACCCCCUGCCCCGCUAAAUUUGGGGUGCCAGCUCCCCCACCCACCCAAUUUCGAGAUGGACACGUCGGAGCCGGGCAGCGCGGCCGAGGAUGAGGAGGAGAAGAUUCCAGAAGUUCGGCCCCGCACCCGCUCCAACCCCGAGGGCGCCGAGGACCGAGCCCCGAGCGGGCCGGGCAGCGUGGGGAACCGGGGAGAGGCCCCGGGGAACCGGGCAGAGGCCCCGGGGAACCGCAGCGAGGGCGAGGGGGAGGCGGCCAGCGCCGGGCACAGCCCCCCCGGGCAGCCUGGCACGGCCUGGCACGGCCCGGGCAGCCACGGGCAGCAGCACGGCGAGGUGACGGUCAGAACGCCGCGGGUGAACUGCCCCGAGAAGGUGAUCAUCUGCCUGGACCUGGCUGAGGAGAUGGCAGUGCCCAAGCUGGAGUCCUUCAAUGGGUGCCGCAGCAACGCCCUGACGGUGGCGCAGAAGAUGAUCGAGAUGUUCGUCAGGACCAAACACAAAAUCGACAAAAGCCACGAGUUCGCCCUGGUGGUGGUGAACAACGACGCCACCUGGUCCUUCAAUCUGGAUGGGCUCUUCAACCUCAUCCAGCAGAAGGUGGAGCUGCCGGUGACCGACAAUGUCCAGACCAUCCCCCCGCCCUUCGUGGUCAGAACCAUCCUGGUGUUCGGGCGCCCGCGCUGCCAGCCCCACUUCUGUGGGGGCGAGCACGUCAAGAAGUUGCUGCAGUGCCCCUAUUUCUUCUUUGACGUCGUUUACAUCCACAACGGGGUGGAUGAAAAGGAGGACGAGAGCAGCUGGAAGGACAUGUUCGGGUUUUUCGGCAGCCUGGACACCAAAGGCACCAACUACAAGUACGAGGUGGCCCUGGCGGGGCCGGCGCUGGAGCUGCACAACUGCAUGGCCAAGCUGCUGGCGCAUCCCCUGCAGCGGCCCUGCCAGAGCCACGCGCACUACGGGCUGCUGGACGGGGGGACAGCCCCGAGGGCGAGGCCACCAACUGACACCGGGGACAGGCCGCCCCUGAGGGGACAGCGCCAUCCUCUGAGGGGACAGCCCUGAGGGGACAGCCCUGCCACCCUCUGAGGGGACAGCCCCAAGGGGGAGGCCACCAAAUGACACCAGGGACAGGCCACCCCUCAGGGGACAGGCCACCCUCUGGAGGGACAGGCCUGCCACCCUCUGAGGGGACAGGCUGCCCUCUGAGGGGACAGGCCGCCCCUGAGGGGACAGCCCUGCCACCCUGUGGGGGGACAGGCCGCCCUCUGAGGGGACAGCCCCGACAGCCGC